GCAAUCUUGGAGCUUCAGAACCUGACAAGUGAAAAUCUGAUAGCACAGGCUAUCUUUCCUGUAAGGAUAAGAGCGCUAGGUGUCACUGCAGUCCAAGGAAAAAGCAUCAUCUCAAGGGCUCCAGUACUUGCCAAGGAUAAAAAGAACGGGAUAAGGAAAAAGGAGAAUUGUCUUAUGCUGCUGCCAUGUGAGCCCUUCUCUGUUCCAAAAACUGUCAGAAAAUGAUGCUGAGAGGCAGACAACUAUGCUUAACCACUAAAACACACAAAAGUGACCCCAGAGUCACCUCAUGAGAAACGUGAACAUCUAGCUGAAUGGAAAGAAAAUGUUAAAAACAUAUAUUCAAGAAUUAGCAUUCAGAAAACAUGAAAGAGAAGAUCCAUUUCUCCAGAUCUCCAGCAACACUGAGUACAUUUCUCAUCUGUUCUGAGCACGGAAUUUUCUCUGCAGUGUCAAAUCCAAGCUGUUCUGUGGGUUUAUUCUGCCAGAUGAACUGCAAGCAAAUGGACUGUCCACCUUGGUCCAGCUGCAUGCAGCAGUGCUUGGGAGGGCGCUGAGCUGUAGGCAAAGGAGCCAUGGGGAUAGCAAGCUACCAAGAGCAUGGCAGUAGGGAAAACAGACAUGGAAGGCUGAAGGGCUGCACUGUGAUGAAGAGGACUUGGACUUGAACUGGGAGACAGGCUGGUGGAGGUGGAAGAGGACUGGGAAGAUGAUUCUGGAGAGGUGAAACUGUCUGCAUUGAUAAGGCAAUGAGAAUGAGAGGUUUGAUGAGAAGAAAAUGGGAUGAGGAACACACAGGAGGUAACGCUGAGGUACGAAAGAGGCUGGAGUCACCACCACAAGAACAAAGGUCCCUCAGGCUCUGACAGAGACAUCAAUAUUGCCAAGUUGCACCAUCACCCCCUUGAGUGGAAAGGGCUGAUAAAUGUCUCACACUGCCUACUGCAGGGAAAAGCAGUCUGCUAUCUCUGUGUGACGUGCUGUUAGUCUGAGACUGAUGGAGAUCUCCAUGGUGCAGAGAAACGUCUCAAACAUGUUUUGAUCUGGACAAUGCUGUAUGAUAGCUUUGGUAUUAUCCUUCUCCCCAUUAAAAAAAAGAGCAGGAGAUACCACAGGCCACUCACACGCAUGCACGUAUGUUGUACUGAGUUGUUAUUAAAAAAAAACCACUUUUGGAAAAAAAAAGAGCUUUCUCAUGACUCUGGGUGCUCACUUGAGACCUGGAGAAGCUGUGACAUUGUUGGCUGCCUGCUUUGAACAUCGUGGGAUCUGGAAAAGUCAGCAGUGGAUGUCUCAAAUAGGGCAUUCGACUCUAUGUGUUCCUCUCAGCCUUGGCUCAGCGUGCAUGCAGCAUGUGUCCUCCACUGUGCUCCAUCCUGAGCCCUUUCUGAGCCCGUGAGUGACUACCAGGGUGUGAUGAGCCUGCAAGGUCAGAUCUAUGUUUGGGGAAAAAAAGUCACUUGCGUGCUGGGAGUGUGCAGCCACCCUAAAAUCCAUUCACGUCCACAGAUACACACACCCUAGGAAUAAAGCAAGCCCUGAGAGCUUCAAACUCCCUGGCAGCACCCGUGGGGACCUCUGCAGGCUGGCAGCAGGUCUGAGAGAAGAAGCAGAGGACUCCUCCAUCGACAAAAUUGCAAUAAAAGCAUCCUUUAGCAGUCGCAAAGAGGGGAUCUUCGGGUGGUUCACAGCAGGAAACAGCAAAGUACCUCCACCUGGUUCCUAAAAGAUAAGUUAAAUCUCGCCGAACUGCCAGAAGGAAGUUUUCACCUGGCAUUUACGGCACGGGUUGCGACAGCCUCGCAGGGACCUGCACCUCCCGGGGAAGCAGUCCCCAUUCCCCGCCGUGCCAGAGGGUCUGGAAGUCCCCAGUGACCCUCGCCCGCGGCCCUGCGCCCCACCGCUGCCCUGCUUUGGCCCCCGCCAGAGCUCUGCCUGCCUCAGCCGCUGCUCCCGCCCCGUGCGGAGCGCGCGGCGGGCGGAGCGGAGCGGCGCACCGGGAGGGCGACAGGGCCACGGCCGGGGCGCACCGGGAGGGGAUCGGGGUGUAGCAGCCCGUAGGGUUGGGGCGCGUCUCACCCCCCCCAUACCAGGACCUUCCAGUAUUUGUACUUGUUGAUUCAUCAGAAGGCGGGGGGAAGCGGGGCGUCGGUGGAAUGAGCCCUACGGGGGUGGAGAAAAAGAAACUUUGAGGGCCUGCGCUGAGACCUCCCAGUGGGAGCAGUUGAAAAGGAGCCAAAACAGGCGUCGAAGCGGGGAGCGACAUCCCAAGGAAAGUCCCCCUCCUCCGCUUCCUGAAGCCGCAGUGUGUCCGCGCCGCCGCCGCCGCCUCAGGAUGUGGGUGCCGUUGCUGCUGCUGCUGCCGGAGCUGCUCCCUGCCGUGCCAGCCCAGAAGCUCUCCGCCCUCACGUUUUUGAGAGUUGACCAAGACAAAGACAGAGAAUGCAGCCUGGAUUGUGCAGGUUCCCCACAGAAAUCACUCUGUGCAUCUGAUGGAAGAACUUUUCUAUCACGGUGUGAAUUUCAACGAGCAAAAUGCAAAGACCCUCAGUUGGAAAUUGCCUACCGGGGGAACUGCAAAGAUGUUUCCAGAUGUGUGGCUGAGAGGAAGUACACGCAGGAGCAAGCUCGCAAGGAAUUUCAACAAGUGUUUAUCCCAGAAUGCAAUGAUGAUGGCACAUACAGCCAGGUUCAGUGCCAUAGUUACACUGGGUACUGCUGGUGUGUCACUCCCAAUGGCCGUCCUAUCAGUGGUACUGCUGUGGCCCACAAAACUCCUCGGUGCCCAGGUUCAGUGAGUGAGAAGCUGCCACAACGAGAAGGUGCAGGAAAAACAGAUGAUGCCUCGGUUCCUGCGCUGGAGACUCAGCCUCAAGGUGAUGAAGAAGAUAUAGCUUCUCGUUACCCCACCUUAUGGACUGAGCAAGUAAAGAGUAGACAAAACAAAACCAAUAAAAGCUCAGCAUCAUCAUGUGACCAGGAACUUCAGUCAGCCCUGGAGGAGGCUAAACAGCCCCAGAAAGACAAUGUAUUCAUUCCAGAGUGUGCUCAGGGUGGCCUCUACAAGCCAGUUCAGUGCCACCCUUCCACAGGCUACUGCUGGUGUGUUCUGGUGGACACAGGACGUCCUAUCCCUGGCACGUCAACCAGGUAUGAGCAGCCUAAGUGUGAUAGUGGUGCCAGAGCUCACCCAACCAAAACAAAGGAUUUGUACAAAGGACGCCAGCUUCAAGGUUGUCCUGGGGCCAAGAAGAACGAGUUCCUAACUAGUGUUUUGGAUGCAUUGUCCACGGAUAUGGUGCAUGCAGUCUCUGAUCCAUCAUUGUCUUCCAGCCGAGUUUCAGAGCCUGAUCCAAAUCAUACUCUGGAAGAGAGAGUGGUCCACUGGUAUUUCAAACAGCUAGAUAAGAAUUCCAGUGGUGACAUUGGCAAGAAGGAAAUCAAGCCAUUUAAGAGAUUCCUAAGAAAGAAAUCAAAACCCAAAAAAUGUGUGAAGAAGUUUGUGGAAUACUGUGAUGUGAAUAACGAUAAGUCCUUGUCAGUUCAAGAAUUAAUGGGCUGCUUGGGAGUAUCAAAAGAAGAAGGUAAAGCAGAAACAAAGAAACGCCACACAGCCCCUAAAAGCAACACUGAAAGUACUUCAUCCAGCAGGCAGCUAGUGUCUAAGAAGCAAGGAUGAACAACUUACUGAUCCAAGGCAGAUCUCUUUGACAUGUGGGAGAUUUCCUCACCAAAAGGCAAUAACCCCCCCCUCCCCCCCACAACUGUAGUAUUUGCACUUUGUACUUAAAAAUGUAAAUUCACUUUGUAGAAAUGAAAUAUUUAAACAGACUUUUUGUUUUUCAAUCUGUGAAAACGUAGUGGCUAGGUUUGGAAACAAAUUAGCACAUACAAUGUAUGUGUAUUCUUUUGUUGUCUGUGUUGGAGAUGUAAAAGUUUGCAUUUAAGCCUUUUUUUGUUGUUGUUGUUGUUGUUUUUCAAUAGCUUUUUGGGCAAUCAGUAGCAGAGAGAGCAGAUCCUAUGUAUUUUGGUGUCAAUAGGAUGCUUUUCUUAAUCAGCACUGCUGUUUAAGUAGAGUUAUGCUGAAGAAGUCGACUGCGUUCUCAGUUUUGUCUAAGCAGUGUUGGAAGUUUCAGGUUCGUAGGACUGCGGGAAGUGUGUAAGGUGCUCUUCGUUUUGUUUUGCAGCUCUUAACUGAGCAGAUUUUUUUCCCCCAUUGGUAGCUAUAUUGUAUUUCACUUUUGGGUUGUUUUUAUUGUUAGUAUUAUGCUUUCCAAAAAUGAUGCGAUGAAAAUGCAGCUGCUAAUGGGUUCAAAAGAGUUAUUCUGCAGCUGGGAUACUUGUAGAAGAAACAUAUCCUUCUAUCCAUUCUUUGAGGUGCCAUGCAUUACAUAUUUUGGUAGUAUCUUCUUCCUGUUUGUUUUCACCUGAGUUACUAAUAGAACAAACCAAAGAGGAGCAGUAAGGCCAGCUGCAAUGUUACUCCAGUUGGGUUCAACCUGGACCAAAGAGCGUGUUUCUGUGGUCAGUGCAAAGCAGGAGCUGAGUUCAUACAGCUCAGCAUUAUAAAUUUCACCCUAAAGAGAUAGGGAAGACUAAGCAGUUUGUUCAGCUUUUUCCUUCCUCUUACACCUGGCUGCUCUCAUCAACAUUUUGGAUUGCCUCAGGGUUCCCUAGAGGUGAAGCUGAACAAAUGAUAACAGUUGCCAUCAGGUGGGGCUGCUCAUGUUGUCCCUGGCUGAGGCUUUGCCCUUGCUGUCUGGAAGCUCUCGCAAGUUUUCAUACCUUCUCUGUCAUUUUUUCCCCCAAAUACUUUGUUUGUGUGCCCGAGGGGGAUACAAACUUUCGGAUGUGAAUUUAAAGCAAAAGGCCCAAGUGAAAAAGGCUCAACUCUUGAACCACUGUGAGUUACAAGCAGCUGGGUUGAUUGAUGCAGUGAUAGAUGGACUUUUGGCAUGUUUGAGCUGACACAAAAAGGCAAGAAUGUUGCAACAGUGAUUUCAUUCUGGUUUGUUUAAAUAACUUGUUGGAUCUGACAUGUGACUAGCUAAUCAUAAUAACACCCUGGCUUAUACCUGGAGAAGCUUUUUUUGCAAAGAAAAAUAUUUCAAGUUCAACAUAUGCUGGAGUGAUAGAAAACACUGUGUGCAGUGGAAUCUUACUCAAGAAAUUGUGUAAUCUUAAGUUUUGGCAGCAGGAGGAACCAAGAUGCAACUGUAUGCUAUCUUGUAUUUCUGUUUUAAAAAGUAUUUGUUACUCUUUUAUACUGUUAAGCUUUGGAUUUAAUCUUCUUUAUGGAUUAAAGAUCAGUAUAUUACAAACUA